CUUUGGGCAGCGAGUGGCGGCGGGCGAGCGGGCGAGCGGCGGGCGAGCGCGGGCGAGCGGGCGAGAGCGCGGGGCGACUGUUUGCCGCGGCCACUUGCCGCGCGCCUUUCCGACGUCACACCAAUUUUGAAUUUGCAACCGCCAUCUUUGGCCAGUUUUUUGGUUUUGGUUGAGUGCAGUGACCGGUGCGUGGAUGUUCACUUAGUGCUGGCUGUCACUUUGUAGUUGUUUAGCUUGUUUGUGCAGUUCUACGGCUAUGGAUAGUGAUCACUGCUGACUUCGGAGUGACAUCGGAUUUUGCAGAUAUAACACAAGUUACCAGAUACCAAGAUGCAGCCCUUCCAGUCCACAGCCCGGCCCGAGGGUCCGCGGGAGUCCUCCCCCGAGCGCGCCAAGUCCCCCGACACCCCCGCGGCUCCCGUGCUCAACUUCUCCAUCGCUCGGCUCAUGGAACCUGACAGGAAGAAAUCAGUGUCUCCCGAACCUCCGCCGCCGCCUGGUUUCCUAUCGUACGGGGCUCAGCUAUUAGACUCAGCGUUCAAGCAAUACAUACCAGCGGCCAGGAGACAGCUUGUAUCCCACUAUCCUCUACUGUACUACGGACCUGACCUUGUGUCGUUAACUUACGCACAUCAGCUUCACCUACCUCGUCCCCCUCCACCGACGUCACCAGUCCAGCGUCCUCCAAGUCCCCGUCCCCCGGCUGCAGACCACGCCGUGUCGUCCACCACUGGUCCCACACCUUCCCCGGCAAAGAACAAGAGCUUCGCGUGCGGAGACUGCGGGAAGGUGUUCAACGCGCACUACAACCUGACGAGGCACAUGCCGGUGCACACGGGCGCCAGGCCCUUCGUCUGCAAGAUCUGCGGGAAGGGCUUCCGACAGGCCUCCACGCUGUGCCGGCACAAGAUCAUACACACCUCCGAGAAGCCUCACAAGUGCCUCACGUGCGGCAAAGCCUUCAACCGAUCGUCCACACUCAACACUCAUGCAAGGAUCCACGCGGGCUACAAGCCGUUUGUCUGCGAGUUCUGUGGCAAGGGAUUCCAUCAAAAAGGCAACUACAAGAACCACAGACUGACUCACAGCGGAGAGAAGGCAUACAAGUGCAGCAUCUGCAACAAAGCCUUCCACCAGAUAUACAACCUGACAUUCCACAUGCACACGCACAACGAGAGGAAGCCCUUCACCUGCAGCAUAUGCGCUAAAGGCUUCUGCAGAAACUUUGACUUGAAGAAACACACGAGGAAGCUGCACCUCGGUGCUGGCAGCUCCAACAAUGGUGACUCCUCACUGGACACACAAGAUGAGUCCACUCAGGAGGCCUCCACCAGUCCUGUCGAGGAUGCUAGCAGGGUUGCCUUCAGGCCGUUCCUGGGCUCAUCCUAUCCUCGUAUCCUGGACCCCUCGCGAAUGACCGCGCCGAACACGUUUUUCUCGAAGCUGUUGUGACCCGGGGCUGGCUACUUCAAUGGUUACGGAGAUAAUAAAGAGUGAAUUGAUGAUGG